AUGGAAGUACCUCUUCUAACCGAAGAGAAACUUCACCGGAAAAGGGUACUUGUCGUCUUAACAUGGGAUUUGUUUGUAACCGAAUUGAAGCGGGUCAGCUACAUCGCCGUGCCCAUGGUGGUGGUCACCGUGUCCCAGCACCUCGUCCGGGUUGUCUCCAUGAUGAUGGUGGGCCAUCUUAGUGAGCUUCAACUUUCCGGCACUUCAAUCGCUACUUCCAUCACCAAUGUCACCGGCUUCAGUCUCCUUUUUGGAAUGGCUAGUGCUCUGGAAACUCUUUGUGGCCAAGCUUAUGGAGCAGAGCUUUACCAUAAACUCGGAAUCUAUACAUAUGGAGCCAUCAUAUCUCUGAUAUUGGCCUGUUUACCGAUAUCCAUAUUGUGGAUCUUUAUGGACAAACUUUUAGUAUUGAUGGGUCAAGACCAUUCCAUUUCUGCUGAAGCUGGAAAAUAUGCGAUUUGGCUGAUUCCUACUCUGUUUCCAUAUGCUAUUCUUCAAGCCCUGAUGCGCUACUUGCAGACUCAGAGCUUGAUCACCCCAAUGUUAUAUAGUUCAGUUGCAGCUCUAUUGUUCCAUGUGCCUGUUUGUUGGGCUUUAGUGUUUUACUUCAAAUUGGGAAAUGCUGGAGCUGCUUUGGCGAUUGGAUUGUCAUAUUGGUUGAACGUAGUAAUACUAUUCGUAUAUGUGAAGUAUGCAGCUGCCUUCGAGAAAACCCGACUCAGUUUCUCAAAAGACAGUAUGUCAAGUAUUGGGGAGUUCUUUAAACUCGCAGUUCCUUCUUCUGUCAUGGUCUGUGUUGAAUGGUGGACUUAUGAAAUUGUGGUCUUACUUUCUGGACUUUUGCCUAAUCCCCAACUUGAGACUUCAGUGCUAUCCAUAUGCCUCCUGAUUGCUUCGUUGCAUUACUUUGUUCCAUUUUCAGUGGGUGCUGCUGCAAGCACUCGAGUCUCGAAUGAACUAGGAGCCGGGAAUCCAGAAGCGGCUAAAUUAGCAGUCUGGGCUGUUAUAGGAAUAUCAAUGGCAGAAGUGAUCAUCGCAUCUGGUGUUCUUUUCGGCUGCCGAAAUAUUCUGGGGUAUGCAUUCAGUAACGAGAAAGAAGUCGUGGGCUAUCUCAAAAAUGUGUCUCCACUGGUUUGUCUAGUGCUUGUAAUGGAUGGCAUACAAGCAGUGCUCUCUGGAGUUGCAAGAGGAAGUGGAUGGCAGCAUAUAGGAGCAUAUGUGAACAUUGGGGCGUUUUAUUUGGUCGGGAUCCCGGUGGCCUUAGUAUUGGGUUUCGUUCUGCACUUGGGAGGGACAGGGCUCUGGAUUGGGCUAAAUGCAGGAUCAGUUACGCAGUCACUUCUUCUUGGUCUAAUUACCAGUUUCACUAAUUGGGAAAAACAGGCCAUUACUGCACGUGGAAGGGUAUUUGAUUCAGCAAGUCUCCCACCCCCAGAUGGUGAAUUUUCAAAAUCAAUCCCCUUGCCGGAAUCAAUGACUCCUCUUUUGAACUCUGUUUGA